AUGGACUGCCGCGCUGACACGGCACUUUCUCUCCUUAUGCUCUGCAUCUGGUGGAGCGUACACGGCGUCGAAUACUGGGAACUGCUCUCUGAGGGAUAUACAGCGACCGCAGACGUCUACGUUGAGCAGCUGAGGAAUUUGAAGACAAAUCUCGAAAAUGCACGCCCACAGCAAGCCGAAGUCUACUUUCAGCACGACAACACUCAGUCACACAUUGGAAAAAUGACAAAGACUGAACUGAAGAAGUUCUUCUGGACCAUUUCACCACACCCACGAUAUUCCCCAUAUAAGGCUCCCUCGGAAUACCACCUUUGUUCCUAUCUCCAACGUCAUCUGGAUGGUCAAGACUUCCAAACGCGCGGCGACAUCAAAAAGGCACUCGAGCAGUUCUUCAAGGAAUAG